UGAUAGUCAAUGGAGGAUUCUUUAUAAGGAUGACCUGAGUGAGUUUGUCUUUGUCACAUAUGAUAAAAUGUGUGUAGGAUAGAAAUGGUUUCAGCUCAAAUGUAUUUUUUUUUUAAUUUUAAAUGAAAAUAACAAAUUUAUUACUUUUACUCUAGUCAAAUUCGGAAACUGGACAAUGGUUUUCAGGGCUCAAAAAGAAAUAAACAAGUCCUUCUAUGAUGUGUUCUUGGCCAAUGGCAGCCAUAAUGACAAUCCACUAUCGGAUGAGUUCCCUAUUGAAUGCUAUCGACUGGAUAACCUCGGCAACUGCAAUCAACAUUUUAGGAGCUACAUUCUUGACAACUGGAUAAAUAUUGACAAGGUCUGCAUACAACAUCUCAUUUUGAGUUAAAUUAUGUAUUUUUCAGUAUGUUGUUGUAUGAAACAGUGCACAAUUGUGGGAGAUACAAAAAAUAUACAUUUUCAGAUAUAGGAAAUAUAAACUAACUUGAAACUUGGUAUUCAAAAAAUGUGGUUUAGGUCUAAAAUUAAAGUGAAUGUAUCGAAAUUUUGAAACAAUUUUGUUGUGUUUUAAAGUUCUAUCCGAGAUGUUUUCGACAGAUGACUUAAGGUCAACAUUGUUCAUCUGGCAGCAGCACCACUCUAAACCUUAUAGAAAUUAACGUUUUUCAUUAAUCAGCUAAUAAUUAACAAUCAUCAAUAAGGUAAUUAUUCCAAACCAAACAUUAACAAGUCAAUCAGAUAUUUAUAAAAGUGUUUACAGAUCAUAUACGUAUUCCCUUUGGUACAUGAUAAGCUUCAAAGUAUUUUCAUUAAAAAAAUUGAUAAAAUAUAUUAUCCUUUGGCACUGAAAGAUCAGUCAGAUUUUCCCCCCAUUAAUGAUAUUGUGCUUCUCCACAUAAGAUUUGGUGAGAAUUUCUUGUUAAAAGAAAAUUAUUUGGCACAAGUAUUGGGAUUAUUUUUGUACAUUUAUUGUCUUCGUUUUUUUUUGUUUUUUUUUUUUUUUUUGCUUUUUUUUGUUGUUGUUGGGUUGUUUUUUUUUUGUUUUUUUUAACUGCUUGAUAUUUUACCAUUAAAUUAUUUUGGUUUUUUUUUUUUUUUUUUUUUUUUUUUUUUUUUUUUUUUUUUUUUUUUUUUUUUGCUUUUUUUUGUUGUUGUUGGGUUGUUUUUUUUUUGGUUCUUUUAACUGCUAGAGAUUUGACCAUUAAAUUCAGCAUUAGAUUGCGUUGUAAAUGAUGAAUGUAAUAAUUACAAGGCUAGCAAGAUUUAAUCCCUAACUAGUGGUUUGCAAGACCAGCAGUUUCAUUUUUACUGUGCGGUCUCUCGUGGUUGAACUUGGAGGGAAUGUACAGGGAAAAGCACAUUCUUAUAAUUUUAUUACCAUAUAUCUGCUAAAAUUCUGUUGACUGGAAAUUACGAAAUAUUAAUAGGCGAGAACUGGCUAAAUUAAUAAUAUAAAAUAUUAUAAGGGCGGGCUAAGCGCGGGGCCGUCACUUGGGCGUAUCCUUGGUCAAUCGUCCAUUUCGAAUAACACCUGGCGCCGGCCCUGCCAUGUUCAUGGUUUUUUAAUGUUAUUUUCACGGUGUACAAAAAGGUGAAGUUUGCAUUCUACACUGAAGGCGUGGAGAUGAAGUCCAUCGAAUUUGAUGGCAAGUCUUCCACAUGGUCAUCUUGGUUCAAUCAAUCGGCAAUACUGACCUCUUCCUGGACCAAUAUCAAAACAGAUUUGAUCAUAAACCACUUCACUCUUCCAGGGUAAGCUCUUGAAUGGCUCGAUUUUAUCAUUUAUACCAACGAAUAAUGGGAAGUCUUUAAAUAUUGAAAAGUUAAACCGAUUUUUAGAGUUAAAUAUCAGCGUUAACAUUUGUAUGGACAUUCACGAAUGAAUAAUCGUGAUCCAUGGGCGCCCACAGAAAACUUUCUAGGGGGGGGGGGGCAAAAAAUCGAUUAACUAUCCAGGGGGGGGCAAAAAAUGUUGGUAAUGUUUUAAUAUAGUUUUAAUUUAUUGUAGCGUAUUUGUUUGGUGAACGAACGGACAGGACAUCAGCUUAGUUACUUUCUCUUUAUUUUCUCUUUACUUUAAUACAUUUUUUGUCUAUUUUUGUCUAAAAAAUUUUUAUCCAAUCAAUCCAGGAAGGGGGGCAAGUGCGAUGUCAUCAUAGUUGUAUGAAUAUUAAAGAACAGAAUCGAUAAUGGCACUGAUCAUUAUAAAAUUAUUUUGAAAUUUAGAUUUGAAACUGUGAAAACACCUUUUUGUAAAUAAUAUAGGUAGCGUUGAAAAUAGUAUUGACCAGUUGUUGUUGUUUUUUUCAGCAACACUGCGUAUGGCAUUGCUCGUCGUUUUACAAUAGAGGGUUCUUAUGCCGGAUGUGAUACUGACGUCACGUAUAUGUUUACCAUAGAUACGAAUUGGGAUGUGUGCUCGGGAUAUUGGAACUUUACUAUUACAAAAUUUCCUUUAUUUAUCUACGCUUCUGGCAACACAAUGGUGAGACUGAGUGGAACUCUCCCAGGUUAAUGUUUUUAACUAAUUAUAAGAGUUUUGGAUUGCGAUAAAGCUUUAAAAUAGAUUAAUUAGACACGAACAUUCUGUGUCAAUAGAACUAUAGGCUAAUUUGGAGAGAUAGCACCCUGGCGUCAUUUGAGUGUUUUGUCCCUGGUUCCAAUAGGUUCAAAACCCUGGUUCCGAUAGGGUAAAAACCCAGGUUAGGGAUAAGUUUAGGGUUCUGGUUAGGUUAAGGGAAACAUUUAGGACAUACGUUCGCGAGUCGCGGCAACCAAGAUGGCGGCAGCGGUGAUAUCCCUCCAAAUUUACCGAACAAUAUGUGUUCAGCUUAAAUAAUAAUUUUACAUAAUACAUAAGUAAACCUUUCGGCUAAUCCCUUCAUCAGUACAACAACAAAACAUUUAAAUAAGUAUAAAUUAUAUUUACAUUAUAUAUAUAUUAUAUAUAUAUCCUAUCUAAAAAUAGAAAAGAAUAGGACUGGGCGCAAAACACAGACAAAGACAAAGUAAAGAAGAAAGGAAAGGAAUUGUUUUGAAGUAAAAUGUAAAAAACCAAACGGGAAAAAGACAUGAAAGCUAUGUAAAAUUGUAGAUUUGGUUUGGGGGGGGGGGGCAUCCAUUAAUUACGUCAACAAUUUUUAAGCAAUUUUUGACCCAAAUUUUAAAGAAAUUUUUACCCCCCCCCCCCUUACCACACCUUUCAAAACUGCCAAGACCCCCCCCCCCCCAAGUAAUUAUGUCAACAUUUUUAUAACACCCCCCUUCCCCCACACAAAAAAAAAUAAAUUGAAUUAUUAUGUAAAUAACUAUACAAAUACAUUUUACUUUGCGCUCAUCUAUUUUAAUAACACUAAAUUGUAGGAAAAACAUGUUAUUGCUUCUUUAACUUGUUAACCAACAAUGAAAAAGUUUUGACACUUAAGUUUUCUAUUGCAGAAUCAAUAAAAAGAUGGUUAAAGGCAAAAUAUCAUUAUUAGUGGAAGUAGAAGUAUGAUUAGUGUCAGUAUAGCUGACAAUGGAAGCAUAGUUUCUAGCUGCUAUCAUGUUCCCAGGGAGUGGCCAGGUGUUGCUCUAUCGUAACAAUGAGCAUAGUAGUUGAUUUAUCAUUUUCAUCUUGAGGAACUGAUAUACCAGACAAGUCUCAACAUCAUCCCCUAUCUAACCAUUCAACACAUAGAAUAGAAGCAUUGUCAGUGUGAUCAAUAAUUGUCAUAAGCUCUCUGUCUCCUGGAAGGCGCUUGAAAUUAGUCGAAACCUUCUUUGUUGAGGAGCAGGUGGUAAUUUCUUAUGCAUUGUCGAUGCUGUUGAGCUUGCUAUUUCAACAUGACUUGUGAUGCAAAAUAGAUUUUACAGAUUUUCCAAAUCCGUUCAAGCAGCGAUGUUAUUUUUGUUACUCACUUUGCUUGCCCCUAAUUCUCAAAUUAUCGUAUUCCCAAGCUUUCAAUAUCAUGUAUCUUGACUGCAAAUGACACUUGAACUUUGUCAUUGCAACACGAUUGCAAACAUAUUGCCCCAGUAAUUUGCAAAAAAAAACAACAGAAUUUACAGGCAAAGAUAGGCCAAAUUUGACUUCUCUUUCACUAACAAAGUGUACUAACAUUAUAACCAGCCAUCUGCAGUGCACAAUCAUUAAAUAAAUCUUAUAUUGUUAAAGGCCUAAAAAUUAGACAAGAACUUUAUGUCCAUGUCCGUACAAAAAUUAGACAAGAACUUUAUGUCCAUGUCCAUACAAAAAUAAGACAAGAACUUUAUAUUUAUAGGUAAAUUCUGCUAGUCUAGUUCUGUAAUCAAAGCAGAUUUCCAUUUAUUUGGAACAGUGAUAUAGUAACUUAUAUUAAAUAAGAACUAAUGAGAUUAAUCACUUCACAUAAAUAUUAACAUAAACUUAAAACUAAACAAAUUUAAUGUAAAUUAUAACAGAAAGGACCACAAGUAUCAUCACGUUUGUCACAGCACGCUUUACACUGUCCAUCGUUUGUCACAGCACGCUUUACACUGUCCAUCGUUUGUCACAGCACGCUUUACACUGUCCAUCGUUUGUCACAGCACGCUUUACACUGUCCAUCGUUUGUCACAGCACGCUUUACACUGCCCUUAAUUCAAUAGAUUAUUGGAUCUUCUAACAGCCGGGGGAAGCGAGCCAGUGAUUUCUGAGUUAUUGAUAUUUUAAUACAAAAAUUAAUGGAAAUUAUUAAUUUCUAUUUAAUCCUUAGUAUUUACUUGUAUUUUCCUCAUGCUGGUACACGAAUGCCGGCUUAGGGUGGAGUGGGUUUUUUUGUUUGUUUUUGUUAUUGCUUUGAAACAUUUAGAAACACAUUGAAUGAACAAUUUUUUCAUGGCAUGCAUUUAUUUUAUUUGUUUAAUUGAUUUUUUCAAUACGAUGUAUUAAGAGAAAGGAUGUUCAACCGUUACGAUAAAUGAAUUUCCUGUAAUUUAGGUUUUAGAACCAAUAACCGAGUUGCGAUUUUUUCUCAAAAUGAUCAUCGAUUUUUUAUCAAUCGUUUUAAACAUAUAUUAUUUUUUCAUUUAAAAUAUUUUCUGAAAUAGAGAUAGUGAGGGGUGUUCCAAUAUUUAGGGGUGGAAAAUCUUUAAAUUUUCAAUGGUCGGACCCUAUGUUCCAUAUUAUGUUCUAUAACAAUUUCUACUAUUUUAAAUAAGUUAAUUAAGUAUCAUGGAUUUUUGUAACAGCCAUGAAGUUUCUUUAUUACAUGGCUACAUACGAAAGCGUUAAUUAGUAUAGUGUUGACUAUCAACAGGUAGUUCAAAUUAUUUCUAAUACUUAAAAUAGCAUAUUGACAAAGGAACUCUUCACACAUUUUUAGAAUAAAAAUCGUGUUAUGCUUUUCAGCGUUAAGUGGCUGUCUUUCCGUGUCCAAAGUGACAUCAGUGUCAACUGUUGUUUUUCUUGCUGUCAGGUAAACGCCGAUAACGUCCCUGUACUACUUACAGCAAAUUUUGUUUCUAUUACCUCCUCUUUUGUUACAAUGCUAUCAAAAUGAGAGCCACGUCUCUCUCUAUUUCUCUCUCUCCCACCCCCUCUCUCUCUCUCUCUCUCUCUCUCUCUCUCUCUCUCUCUCUCUGCGUUGUCGUCAUUAAUCACGUCUAUGAUUUCACAAUCUCCCUAGCUUAAAAUUGUUAUAAUCAUCUGUGAUAUUCCAUGUCUGAGGAUCAGAUUUUAGAUAGAUCGUUGAAAUGUUCAAACGCGUGAAGAAAGUCAUCGAGUGUUUAGGAACAAAUUAUAUCUUUUUUUGAUUACAGAAGAUUUCUUUUAAAAAAUAAUCUGAAAUCGCGUUGAGGGUUCUUAAAUUCCUUCGUUUUCAUAAAAAUACUUCCCCACUUGCCUAUUUUGACUCCAACUACAGAGAUUCGUUAAAAAUCUCCAACCCCACAAGCCCUUUACUGAGAUACUAAAGGUGAUCAUUAAAUUCUGUAGAAAGUAGCAUUUACCUUUUUCAUAUUCAUUAGGUUUUUGAAGGAACUUUGAUAGAGUAUAACGCUUUUGCCAUUCAUUUUGUAUGAUGAAGAACUCCAGGAGUCGUACAUCAUCAACGGAUGGAUGGGUUUCUCCUACAGAUGUGAUGGCUGACUCGAAACAUUCCUUGUAAUCGUAUCUGUGUUACACUAGUUGAAAUUGUCCUUAAACCUGUCUUUAAAGCCCUUAACUAUUUCAUUGGUAGCACUACUUUCACAAAGAAAAUUUAUUAAUUGUGCUGCAUGAUUGCUUGAAGCUCUUAGACAGGUGUAUACGAGGACCAGAGGCUGCAGUUCCCAUACUCUUACCACUCACACCUGCCAUAACACCUUCUCAGAUUUUGUGGUGGCAAACCCAGAACAGAAGGUCCUUUUACAUAUUUAUUCAUAUUUAUUAAAUAUGUAUUUCCAUAUCGUAAACAAUGACCUAUAGUCGAUCAACAUUUUCAUUAACAGUGAGGUUAAUAAGAAGCUUUCCAUUCCAGUGCACAACCAGGGGUACUGUAUUUGCUUGAAAUUCUUUUUUCACAUGCUCUGCCCAUAAAAUGCACCAUUUUUCACUGAUGACUCUUGUAUCACUGUCUUCUCAUAACAACAUAUAGACUAAAAUAACCCAAAAUUUAACUUUCUUAAGAAACCCCUAAAUAUGAUUCAAUUUAAGUGAAAAUUUCCAGCAAUUAUUUUCUUGUGAUUUGGAAAAAAAAAAAACUAAGAGGGUCCGUGCAUACUAUUUUGACAUUUUGAAAGUCUGGAAGCUAAUUAUUAAUAACUGGAAACAACCCGUGGGAGACCGGAAUCAACAUAUUUUCAAAAUUUUUUCCAACUUUGCAAGCUUUUUCAAAAGUCGAUGAAGGCAGGGGAUAAUUUGCGCGAACCAUAAAAGCUUCAGCUUGCUUUGCACAUGAUUUUAUAAUAAUUCAUUCAAAGAUGGAACACUUUAUUAACAAAAACAUUGUGUGUAAAUUGGUAUUUUAUAAGGUCGAAAGCAUUCUUUAAGUUGGAAAUUUAAAUAGUUUUAGACCUUUCAAAGCAGAGCUCAUUUGAUACCACACACACACAAACACACACACACACCACAUAAUCAAUCCUAUUCACACACACACACACACACUCACUCCCACACACACACACUUACUCAUACACACACUCGCUCACACACACAUACACACACAAAUAUAUAUUUUUAUAUACAUAUAUAUCUAUAUGUUUUUAGCUUACGUCCUAAAAUUUCUUCAAAUUUUCUAAAUCAUUUCAGCCUACAGAUUUGCAGACGUUCUGGCCAUAUUUGUGACAUUCACAGCACAAUAAUUCAUAGCUCAACCAGAGCUACAACGCCAAAAAA